AUGUCGCGAACACUUCCUAAGAAGUUUAACCCGCUGAUCCUCUCUGAGGUUGCUCCUACCUAUGAGGAGCUCCUUACGCGCCGUCGUCUUGGCAAGACCAAUCUCUCUGUCAAGCCUGCUCAGAUUGGCACCUCAAAUGCAACCAAGCCUGAGAACUUGGGCGUCUUCGAGUACGCUCACCUCCGGGCUCCUCUGCCCAAGGAUCUCAAGGGCUCCGAAAUUUUCCCCUCCCACAGCCCUCAGCAGCACCCGGAGACUUACUUCCUGAUGCGCCGCAGCAAGGAUGGAUAUGUCAGUGCUACUGGAAUGUUCAAGAUUGCAUUCCCAUGGGCGAAGGCCGAGGAAGAGAAGAACGAACGCGAAUACUUGAAGGCUCGCGAGUAUACCAGUGAAGAGGAAGUUGCUGGUAAUGUGUGGAUUUCCCCCGCAUUUGCCCUUGAGCUUUCCAAGGAAUACCUGAUGUACGAUUGGGUACGAGCAUUGUUGGACCCAACAGACAUUGUCCAGAGUCCCUCUAGCGCAAAGAAACAAAUCACUCCCCCGCCCAAAUUCGAGAUCCCCUCCGAUGAGCCGGUCAUGCAGCGCAACCGCAGAGGUCGAUCUGCUUCCCCGAGCAAGAAAUUGGCGUCUCCUCGGAAGUCCCGCACCACCCGCAUCACCAAGGAUGUUACCAGCACUCCAUCUACAACCGCUGCCAAUGCCAACCUUCAGUCAGCAUUGGAUUUCACAGCUUCGAACCUGAUCCCGGAGAGAUUCCCUGAAUUCGGAGUUGUGAAUGGCGAAGUCGCGAUUUCGUCAACCGGAUCACCAGAAAAGAAGACCAGAAUUCGCAAGUCAAAGAGAUCCUCUACCGCGGAGCCCGAGGAAGAGGUCAAGGAGGAGACAAAGGAGAAGAAGAAGGAAAAGAAGAAGGCCGAGAAGGAAGAGAAGAAGAAGGACGAAAUCAAGGAAGUGGAGGAGCCCGCAGCCGAAAUUCCAGUGGCCACUGAAGCUGUUGUUGAACCUCCGACCACUCAAACUAAUGUUUCUCUGGACAUGCCUAUCAGUCUGCCAGAAGUACCAUCUGCCGCUGAGACCGCGGAGAUGAUUGCCCAGGCCAAGGGAAUGGUCGAAGAGGCCAUCAAGGCCGAAGCCGAGGGUACCAAUGCAGAGUCGACAUCUGUUAAGGUGACCAAGAAGCGCAAGCCCGAGGAGGACGACGAUGAAGAGACAUCGGCUGAAUCUGCCCAACGCGCCAAGAAAGCCAAGGUGCUUGAGAAUAAGCUCAAGCAGGAGCGUGUCCGCAACCGCUCCAUCUUCGGUGUUUCUGUGGCCUUUGCACUUGCUGCUUCCAUCCCAUACUUCUUCUAA